GGUUUAACAGGAAGAGAGGAUAGAUUUUAAUUUGAUUCCUUCCUGACAUUCAAUAACGAAGGUAUAUUAAAACCAUUCCUUUUAAUGAGGCAUUCAUUCAAGUUUUCUGUUUUUCUGUUGGGAUUUUUUAAAUUUUGUUUUGCUAUGUUUUAUUUUGGAUGCUGGAAUGUGUUGUCAGCUGGGUUUAUUUAAUUGUUUUUUAAUUUGUUUUGUUGGUUAAGCUUCUCUGCAGCUGGCUGCUACCCUUGUCGUUCAUUUUUUUCUCUCUGUGUUAAUAGAAAUGAAUACCCUUUUGGUGCAGGGAUAAUGUUGUGAUUAGGGUUUUUGUGUUAGUAGUUGUUGUUGGUGGUUCAAGAUUGAAUCUUUGUUGUUGCUUCUUCCACUGGUGGUGUGGUGACGUGUGGUUUUAUUAGGAGAAAAGAGGGGGCAUCUGUUAUUUUCUGGAAAUGAAAUGGAAUUUUGUUUUUCGGUUUGAAUUGAAUUUAGCAAUUGUUUUUGUCGGGAAUUAGUGUUGCAACUUCUGGAAGUUGGGACACACUAACUAAUGUCAGUUGUCUGAGUGAUUGGGGUUUUUCAUCCUUGGUUAAUUUGGUUGUUUGGUCAAUCAUCUUCUACGUUUCAUUCAUUCGCCUUUUUUCAAGGGGGGAAACAGAAGAGGACGUAGGAAGAAAUCUGAAACAGGGAGGGAUUAGAAUUUAUUGUUUUCCUCUGUUUUGAUGUGCUCGGUUUAUACCUAGUACUGAAGUAAUUUCACAAUGCUUUAUUCAAUUUGCUGUUGUCUCAGCCUUGGAAACUAUUUGCUUCCUUCCUCCUGCUCAGAAGCAAAGCUUCCCUGUCACUUUUGUAUCUUCUUAUUGGAAACAUUUCUUUGUUGCAAUGGUCCCUAAUUCUUUUUAUUCACAUCAAUUGAUGAAUGUCCUUCAAUAGUGGUAUAUAUUCAGUUGUUGAUCAUUGGUCUGUUGGGCUUGCACUAAAUUGUUUAUUACAGUAAGUUUUUUGUGAUUGGUUACUCCAAAUUUUUCUCUCAUAUUGGGCAUAUAUUUUAGGUACGUUACUUGAUCUCGUUGCAUGUUCUGGAAAUCGAACUAUCGGUUUGGUUGCAUAUGGCUUUUUUAGUUAAAUGAAGUGUUGGGAAGAGAAAUUGGGAAGACCUAUGGUUUGUCUAUGUUCAUAUAGUGCCGGCUGCAUUUGCAGUUCAGCUUGUUUAGAUGCAUCAUUUGUCUAUGUUCUAGGUGCCUUUGUAUUUCAACUUGUUAGAGACCAUUAAUGUAUAUUUUUUGGGGGGGAAAAGAUGGUAUUGUUUCCAAAACUAUCCGUAUUGUCCACUGGGGAAUUGAGUUGUUUGUGAUUUAACUGAUAUGUCAUUGUUAUUUUAGCAGGUAUUGAUGGCAGAGGUUGUUGAUAGUGAAAUAAUUAAACCAGAGAUGAUGAAGUCAUACAUAUGGCUACAAACUUCGGAAGGAUCCAUACAACAGGUUGAACAAGAGGUUGCUGUGUUUUGCCCUCUUAUAUGUCAUGAAAUUCACUCGGGCAUGGGAACUUCCAAGAAUUACCCUAUAGUACUUCCUUCACGGGUCAGUCCAGCCAUGUUGAGUCUGAUUCUUGAUUAUUGCCGUUUUCAUCAAGUUCCGGGCCGCAGUAACAAGGAAAGGAAGUCCUUCGAUGAGAAGUUUAUUAGGAUGGAUACAAAAAGGCUAUGUGAGUUGACAUCUGCUGCAGAUAGCUUGCAACUGAAGCCUCUUGUUGAUCUUACUAGUCGUGCCCUUGCAAGAAUGAUUGAAGGGAAGACUCCAGAAGAGAUACGUGAUAUUUUCCAUCUUCCUGAUGAUCUGACCGAGGAAGAGAAGCUGGAGCCUAUAAAGAAUACUAUUGACGACCCGCGGAUUCGCUUAUUAAAUAGACUAUAUGCAAGAAAGAGGAAAGAAUUGAGGGAAAGAGAAAGAUUGAAGAAUGUUGAAGUUGAAGAGGAGCGCGUUGACGAUCGAUCAGUUGAGGAUCUCUUGUCUUUCAUCAACGGGGGAGAUGCAGAUUCAAAGGCAGUCAAAACUUCUAAGAACAAAAAGAAGAACCGCAAAAAGAAAGAUUCACAAAAGAACACUCCAUCAAACGGCGGUAAAACCUCAAACAAUGGUUCAUCUUCUAGCAAUAAUGCUCUGAAGCUUGGGCAGGGGUCCCAUGGGUCUGAUUUGACGUGCUCUGAUGCUUCAGCUUGCGAUAACGUUCUUGACAACCUGGGAAAGAAAUUGAAGUUGCAGAAUUUAGAAGACAGCCUUGGUCCUGAUGAUGACUUUGAUGCUGGUGACUUAGAUGAUGAUAUUGACCCUGCAAUGAAAGAAAAGAUUGAUAGGGAAGUGGAAGAUUUUGCUAGGAGAUUGAACUCAGACUGGCCUGAGAGAAUGCAAGAGUUACUUUCUGUUGGACAAGAGAAAAGGCGAAUACCAACAGCCAUUAAUUGCAAUGGUUCCUUGAGGAGAUAUGCAAGUAUGCACAAUUCAUUUUUUCCAUGA